AUGGAGUCACUUGACGAAGAAUUGAAGAAAAAUAUUGAAAAGACUGUUGGUUUUAUUAAGGCUAAUGGGAGAGAGUUUGAAGCAAAAUUGCUAAACGAUCCUCGCGAUAGAUUUUCAUUUAUAAGGCCAGAAAAUGAACAUUAUGAGCAUUACAUAUCUCUCCUAGAGGGGACAAGUACGAGUGAUGUCCUCAAGAAUAUACCGAAACAGCCCGGUUUAUUUGUUUUCAGUGAAUACGAUAAAGUUGGUAAUAUUCCUGCAGAAGAUAUUGAAAUUAUCAAGAAAACAGCUGAAUUUGUAGUAGUGCAGAGCGGAGAAGAUAAGAGUUACGAUGUACUGAUGGAUCAGAUAUUGCUGAGAUGUGAGUCAAGAGAGGACGACACUUUCAAGUUUCUAAACAAAGAACACAAGUUACAUUCAACAUUCAUUGAUUUUGUAAAUCAAUAUAAACAAAUUCAGAGAAGUGAGAAGAUUGAAAAAUUAGACAGCUGGCAAGGUAUAUUAACAAGAAGCUUUGAAAGGGCUAAGUACAACGAAUACAUUAAACAAAUGACAAAGAAAAAUGCUAAGUUAGGCAAGUUUUACAAAGUAAGAUUCACUGCCAUUGAUUGGUCAAAAUUUCAUAAGAUCACCGAACAACCUUGUGAGAAAACGAACAUUUUGGACUUCUCAGAACUUUCAAGACUAAAAAUAACAGACAAUAAACCAAUUAUAAAUGCUUUUUUCAGCAAAGCCUCAGACAACGUUACAGAAUCUGAAGCUAAUAGUCAAACAAAGAAAAGGAAAAAGAAGUUUAUUGUCAAGGAAGCAGGGGAAACUAGACUGCAAAAGAAAAAGAUGAAAAAAUGA